CGACCGAGACGCCCACCUGACCCGACCCGACCCCACCCCCCACCACCAGCCUCUCCUCCCCCGCCGCCGCCACCACCGGCGACCACCGGAGCCCGAGAAGAAAACCGCGAGCGCCCCGCGAAUCGAAGCGGAGGAGAUGGUGGGCGCCUCGACGUCGUCGGUGGUGAACGUGUACCCGCUCGCCAACUACACGUUCGGCACCAAGGAGCCCAAGAUGGAGAAGGACACCUCCGUCGCCGACCGCCUCGCCCGCAUGAAGGUCAACUACAUGAAAGAAGGAAUGCGGACAAGUGUUGAAGCAAUCCUACUGGUGCAAGAGCACAAUCACCCCCACAUACUGUUAUUGCAAAUUGGGAACACGUUUUGCAAACUUCCUGGUGGACGUUUGAAGCCUGGAGAAAAUGAAAUUGAGGGCCUGAAAAGAAAGUUGUGCAGCAAACUUGCAGUGAACUCACCUUCCUUUCCACCUAACUGGCAGGUUGGUGAGUGUGUUGCUGUUUGGUGGAGGCCAAACUUUGAAACCGUAAUGUAUCCUUAUUGCCCUCCACAUAUAACCAAGCCCAAGGAAUGCAAGAAGCUUUUCAUUGUUCAUCUAACUGAAAGAGAGUAUUUCGCUGUUCCAAGGAACUUGAAGCUACUUGCUGUUCCACUGUUUGAACUCUAUGACAAUGUUCAGGUAAGUGGCACUCCCCCAUGCUGAAUGUUAGCUUUCCUUGAUGUUUAG